AUGAAUCAGUCUGAAACAGUUGUUAGAGAAUAUAAUUUAGAUGUCAAAAAAUUGAUAUUAUUAUUCUAAGAAUGCCAAAAAGACUAAAUCUAAUUAAGGGAUAAGGAUAUAAUCUUAUUAGCAGGACCAACUGGAAGCGGAAAGAGUACUACUGCUAACUAUCUUUUAGGUUAAGAAAUGUAUACUGAACUUAUUAAAAUAAGUAAAGAAGUCUAUGGUCAAACCUAUUAAACUGAAACUGAAGUUUUUAAUUCAAAAGGAAUAUUUUAAAUUGGACACUCUAAAUAGUCACAGACUUCAACACUGUAAGCAGCUCAUUUAUAUGGAAAUUAUUUUUUGUGUGAUUCUCCUGGAUUUUUUGAUAAUCGUGGCACUGAAAUUGAAAUUGCUAAUGCAUUUUCUUUAAAUUAAUUUAUGUUGAAUUGCAAUAGCAUGAAAUUAGUUGUCUUAAUAAGCUAUCAUGAAUUAGUUGCUCAAAGAGGAGCAUUAUUUUAAGAGGUAUUUAACCUUUUAACUAGAAUUCUUAAAAAUCCUGAAAAAGAGUAAUCUGAAAAGAUAAUUUUUUUAUUUACUAUGGUUCCUAAAGAAAAAAAAGUUAAUGAUAUUGUUAAGGAAAUUUUAGAAUUUCUUGAGAAUUUCAAAAAUGAAAAUGAUAUUAAAUCAUAAAUGAUAAUAAGCUUUUUGAAAGCUAUAUUAAAUUAACUUAAACCAAAUAAUUAUGUAAUAGUAAAUCCUGUUGAUGGAAAUCACAAAAUAUUACUUUAAUAAAUCCUUAACCAUUAAUCUUUCAUUAAUCCUUCUGAAGAAUUCUGCUUUAGUGUUUCAGGAAAUGCAAAUUAAAGGUUAUUAUUUUACGCAAAGGAAACUAGCAAUAUAGUAACAAAAUUUUAAUAGAAGGGAUUUUACAGGGAAAUAAUGGAAAAAAUGGUUGAAUACAAAUAAAUAUGUGACUACACAAGCUAUGAAUACUUAUUAAAUUAAUAUCAAGAUUUAUUGAAUGAAAUUGCAAGAAUCUUUGAAAAAUAAAAAAACUUGGCAUUUAACACUUUUUAUGAAGCUUCUGAAAAAAGCAUCAUGUUUUCCUGUUAAAAUAUUAAAGAAAUACUUGAAAUUAUUUAACAUUUAAAAAUAAUUGAUGAAUUUAAAGGUGUUGUUUUUGAAGAAGGCCAAUUUAAAACUAGCGAAAUUCAAUUCAAAUAAGAUAUUGAUGAAGUUUGCUUUUAGAUGAGUUAAAGGAUAAUAAAAGAUUUCCCUUAAAAUAUCGAAAAUGUUAAGAAUAAUCUAUAAAAGUUAAAAGAUUUUUCAGAUUAAACUUCUUUAUGUUAAUAAAUAUUUGAUAAAACUUAAAAAAACAUAAGGUAUAAACACAUUAUGGAAAUAGAAGACUUGAAACUAUUGUCUACAAAAUUUUUUUAAAGGACAAAAUAAUUAGAGGUUAACUCAAUCAAAGACAACUUAGCCAAUAUAACUUAGAAAAUUGGCUCUAUUAAAUUAAUUGAAGAAUUUCUCAGAGCAUUUAUUUUAAAGAAAGAUGAAAAUUUUUACAGUAUAGUUCAAAUACAUCUGAAAGAAAAUAAUGAGUUAUUAUCAAAUCUAAAGAGAAUAAUUAACAAUAUUAAUAAAGAAAUUUAGAAAUAACCCUCUUUAGAUGACAAUUAGAUUGUUUUUAGUCCUUAAAUUGAGUGCAUGCCAGAUUUUGAAAUUAACAUACUGAAAAUAUAAAACCAGAAUAGCAAAUAUUCUGAAUAUAUUCCAGACUGCGAGAUUUUAUAUAAUUAAGCUCUUUUAUAUUUAAAAGAAUUUAAUUAACAAGUUUUUAGUCUCAUCAAAGAAAAUUCAUAAGACAGUUUUCAUUUGUACUAGCUACAAAAUAUCUUAAAAAUAAUAGAUGAAAUCAGAAAUCAAGACGAUUUGAUUUAAGGCUAAACUGCUGAAGAAUAUAGAUAAAUAAAAGAUGAAAUUAAGUAAAAAAUUAAAAAAAAGGCGAGUAAAGCUAAAAAAAUAUUGAACAAAUAUUUAUAGGAUAUUAAAGAAGAGGAGUCUAGUGAAGAAGAAAAAGAUGAUGAUAUUAAUAAUUCAAUAAAAUCAAAUGAUGAAUUAGUAAAAAGCUAAUAAAUUGAUUUUGAUAAACUGUUGAAGACUUACAAUUUUCUUACUUAUAUGCUUUGGACAGAUGAUUAUUUUUAAACAAAAUUUACAUAAAAUAGCAUAUAAAAGCUCUUUGAAAAGCUCAAUAAAUACUUUGAGAUUUGCAAGUAGAGUAUUUUUAAUUUGAUUAAAAAUGAUAAAUUCUAAUAAGUAAGAUAAUUUCUAUAGAGUAUGAGCUGUUUUACUGUAUUUAAAAAUAGGAAUGAAAAAUACUAAGAACAAUAUGAUAUGUGCAUAGAUUUAGUGAAGAAAAAAGUAUAAGAGUUGAACAAACAAAUAAACGAAUUUAUCAGUAGUAUUUAAAGAGUAGAUCAUAUAUUUAAUAGCGAUUGCUGGGAAAGAUUAAAUUAAAAUAUAUUGCUUUUGUAAAACAUUCAGACUUUAGGCAAGAUUGCUGAUGCUAAGAGAGAUUCUACUUCUUCGCUAAAUGAUAUCAAAUGUCUAAUAUUGAAAUAUUUCGAGGAAAAUUUCAAAUAAAUUGAGAAUUUAACAAAAGCAUAAUCUUAUACAAUUGUGAAAGAUUUCACAAUUUAUAAUAAUUUUGUUAAACAAGCUAAAUUAAUAUCAAAAGAAUACCUACAUAUUUAAUCAUGUUUAAAGGGAUUCUCUUUUGAAUAACUUACUACUUUGAUUUAAAAAGUGUAUGAUGAGAUGGUAUUUGAUUACACUUCUAAAAAAUAAAAAAUGUAGAAUCUUGAACAGAUUUAAGAGAGCUAUGAUGGAAUUCAAAAAUUUAUCUAAAGCAUGAAUGAAUUUAAUUUUUUAUAGAGGCAUUUUGAAAGUUUACCUACACCAAAAGAGACUAUUUAGGAAAAAUUUAAGAAACUUGAAAAUUUGAUAAAAAAUGAAGAUUUUUAGAGCCUAGAUUCAGAAAUAUUUUUAUUGAAUCAGCUUUAAAGCGAUACUGAUAAAUAAGCUUUAGAUAAAGCAUUUUAAAAAAUAUAUAAUAAGCUUUUUUAUGAAAUAUAACAAGUAAAGAUUUAUAUUAAUUUUUAAAAAAAUGAAGAUUUCUAUCAAAAUUUUUAAAAAAAUCUCUAAAAUUUAUCAUAAAUAUUAAGUGUACUGGAGAAAUAUAAGAUUGAGCUUUACUAAAACUCAUAAAAUGAACUAAAUAGUUUCAGGUAAAAUUACGUGGAUUCUUAAAAAUAAAUGAUUUUCAGUUAAAUAAAACAACUAAAAUUCUUAGAAAUGUAAUAGCAAUACAGAUAAUUAAUGCAAUCUUUUAAUUAUUUGAAUAAAUUUAGAAACAUUUUCUAAUAAAAGGAUUGGGAUAUUUUUAUCUAAGAAAUUAACUAAAUAAAAGAGGAAAUUCCAAAGAUUAUUUUAAGUCUUCAUAAUUCAGAUAAUUCAGGAGAGUUUUAGUAUCUUUUAAAUUUGCUUUAAGGACUAAAUGAAGCUUAAACUUAGAAGUGCCUUUCAAAUUAUUCACAGACAAUUUAAAAAGAGAUAUUAAAUACAAUAGAAAUGGUUAAGUCAGUAUUUAAAAACUAUGAAUUGAGCAUUAGAGAAAAAAUAAAAAAUUAAGAUAAUUUUUUUAGUAUUGAGUUAAAAAUCAUUAAAGAUUUUGUUUAGAAAGCAGAAAAUAUUGAAUAAUUGAAAAAUUGCGAUUUUUAAGCUAGUAUAUUUUAAAUUGAACAAGAGAUAAAAAACGAACUUAAUAAGAGUUUAUAAGAAAUUUAAAAUUUAUUGGUUAAAAAGUAACAUGAUAUGGCUAUUGAACAGCUACAAAAAAUUAAGUAAGUAGAUGAGCAGUUUUUCCAUAAAUUAAUCAAAAAAAUUGAAAAUGUAAUUUCUUAAGCUGUCAAUUUAAUUAAAGAGCAGUUCCCCUAUAUAGAAAUUUCUAGCUUCUAGAAUAAUUUUUUAGCUGCUUCAAGCUUCUUGGUAAUAAUAAAAAACUUUGUAAAUGAAGAAGGGUAACAUAAAACACUAAUUAAUUAACUUUCUAGUCAUAUAUUUACAUAAUCAAGAAAGUUAUUUGAGAUAUGUGAGAAUGUUCUGAUUAUUAGUGAUCAUUCGUUUACAUAAUAAAAUUUAUAUAAUCUAUUUAAACAUCACUCAUUCUUUAAAAUAAUUCAAGAAGAGACAGUUUAAAAAGCAGAGUUAUCGAAUUUAUAAUAAUAUUUUAAAAGUAUUUUAGUUAAAGUAAUCGAAGGACUAUAAUAAUUAUAUUAGGCUCAACAAUUAAUGAAGGAGAGUAUGUAAGUAGAUUAAACUUUAAAUAAAAAUUUGAAAAAAUUCAAUGCUCUACACUAAAUCCUACAGUAUUAACCUUAAUUGUUUGAUUUAUCUGACGAGCUUAAACAAAUAAAAUAAAUUGGUCUUGAGAUUUUGAACCACGAUUAAAUGCUACUUGUUAUAAAAGAAAAUUUUAAUUGCUAAGAGUAAGCUUUUACUGCUGCAUUGGAAAAUUGUGAUUUCUAAUAAGUUAAAGAGAUAAUUUUUAAAAUAAGGAAAUUUUCUUAAAUAAAUUAAGAAUUUAAUACAGAAUUCAUUGAUAUUAGUUCGAUGUUUAAAAUAAUCUAGUAAAAGGUUAAUCAAAUAACUAGAGAAGCAUUAGAUAUAGUGAGAGCUAGUUUUACUUAUGAUUUAAAAAUGUAUGAUUUGAUGAAUAAAAUUUAUUAAGCAGAUGAACAUUUGAAGAUAAUAGAUCAAUAUCCUUAUGAACCUUAAAUCCAAAUAAUUUUAAAUGAGCUUACUAAUAAAUUAGAUCAAGAAAUAUCUUAACUUUAUAAUAGGACUUUUACCAAUUAAUAAAACCUAAAUGAAAUUAGCUAAUUUUUAAUUAGCAUACAACAAAUUUCUGAAUAAGUGUGUAAGUUUGGUUAAAUUGCCAAUAAAAAGUUAUUUGAAGCAGCUGAAAUCAUAAAGAAAGCUAUGGGAGAAGAAGUAAUUUUUAAAUUAGGUAAUAUUCUCAAACAAGAUGCUUCAGGGGCUCAUAUUUUGAACAAUAUACCUAUAUUUUAUUAGUCUUUUAAGAUUGAUACAUUUAACGAAUUAGUAGGAAAACAUGACAUCAAUUACAUUCUUGAGAAAUUGCAAUACUGCAAAAGAGGAGGUAUCAAAUAAAAUUUAAGUGAUUAAUUAAAGGAAUAGCUAAAACAGUAUUAUGAUAUUUACUUAAAAAAAUAUGAAGAAACAAUUCAGAAAUAUAAAUACAAUAAGAAUAAGUGGGAAAAAAUUGUAAAGAAAGUAAAAAUAUUAUCUAUUUAAAUAAAAAGAAAGGAGGAUAAAAAUGAAGUUCUAAAUUUGCUUGCUCAAAUUUGUGCAUUCUGGACUCUAAUUGAAAGUGGAGAAUAAAAGUAAGGCAAAAAAGAUAUCUUUAAAAAACCAAACCAUACUCAAAUAAUUAGCAUUAUAAUGCUUUUAGGAAUUCAUAGAGUAACUGGAUUUUGGUAAGGUGUUAGGAAAUUCUUUUCUAUUGAAAACUAAAUGUAAUUUAAAAAUUAGUUGAUUGAGAUUUUGACUGGUGAAGGAAAAUCAAUCACAUUAGGAUUUUGUUCUUUAAUGCUUGCUUUAUUAGGUUGUGAGGUUGAUGUAGUUUGCUAUAGUUCCUACCUUUCAUAGAGAGAUAAUUAAGACUUUCGUAAGCUCUUUAGCUUCUUUGGAGUUUCUGAAAAAAUCAAAUAUGGAACUUUAAACUAUUAAGCAGAAAAGUACAUAGAUAAUUAUUUAAAUGUUAGGUAAACUACCUUAAAUAUAGUAAAUUAAAGCAUGUAAAAUGAUCACAAAAACUUAAUAAAAAAUACUAAAAAUUGUAAAAUCUUGUUAAUUGAUGAAGUAGAUAUCUUUUUCAAUCUAGAUUAUUAUGGAAAAACUUACAAUCCCUUAGUAUAUUUUGAGACUUAAGAAAUAAAAAAUAUUAUUACAGAAAUUUGGAAUUAGAGAGGAUAGUCAGAAUCAAAGAUUAUUAGGAAUAUUGAAUAAAGUAGUAACUAUAAAGAAUUAAUCAACAAAUUUCCAAAAUAUGAAUAACUCUUCUAAAGACAUAUUAUAUAACUUGCUUACGAUGUGAAUAAAGUAAACCAUCAAAAAUAAAUUAAAAGUUAUGUAGUGAGAGAUAAUAAAAUUGGGUAUAGAUAAAAUGAUUCAACAAUUUAUUUCGGUGCUAAUUGUGAUUACUAAACUCUUUUUGCAUAUUUUCUUGAAAAUUCCAAAGGAAAUAUAGAUGAUUAAACACUUUAAAAAUAAAUUUCAUUAAAUUUAGGGUGCGGAUAAAUUUCUUAUGCACUAUUACCAGAUAGCUAUUCAGCUAUUUUAGGAGUAACAGGUACCCUUCAAUCUUUAAAUUAUCAAAUGAAAUAGUCUCUCAAAAAGUAUAAAUUCUCAAAAGAGAUAUAUAUCCCUUCUAUGUUUGGAGAUUCUAAGCUAGAUUUUAGAAAAGGAGAUAUGGUAAAAGUAGAAACAGAUUUAUAAAACCAAUAUUUGUAAAUUUAGCAGAUUUCUUAUUCAGCAAUUACAAAAAAAUAAUCUGUGCUUAUAUUCUUUAAAGAUAGUGAAUCUUUAAUAUAAUAUCAUAAAAGCAAUUAUUUAUACCUCCCUAAAGAAAACUAUUUAGUUUUCACUGAUCAUGAUAGUAGUGAAGAUUUUAAUUUUUAAGUUCUAAGAGUGACUAAGUCAGGUCAAAUAGGACUUUUUGUGAGAGAGUAUGGAAGAGGAACAGAUUUCAUUUCAUUAGAUCCUAUGGUAAAUGAAUCAGGUGGUGUAGUAGUAAUCUAAACAUUUCUUUCAGAUAACAAAACAGAAGAAAUCUAAAUCAAAGGAAGAACUGCAAGGCAAGGUUAACAAGGAUAAUACUAUUUAAUCUUAAAUCAAUAAGAUUUAAUAAAAGAUUUUGGGUUAAAUAUAAAUUAAAUUUAAUAAUGGAAAAAUAAUCAAAAUAAUAAAUCUCUUUAUGAUAAUCUUAAUGAAAUAAGAAAUAAAAAAGAAAAUGAUUUGUAUUAAAAUAUUGAAAAUGAUAUAAAAUAGGCUACUAAUAUCCACUAAAAAACUAUGGAAUAUAUUUAGAAUAUUAAAAAUAAAAAUUAUGAUUAAGCUAAUCGCUAUAUUAAUGAAAGCUGUUGA